AUGGAUAAAGCUGAAGACAGAGAUGUAGAAACUGCAUUUCAUGACUUUCGAGAAAUGUCUCAACAAAGAAAAACAUGUCAAAAUAAUAAUACCUCAUGUACAAACUCAGCGCAAAAGCCUAUUUACACAAUUGAUCCUUACACUUUACAUUCAUCCCAAUUCGAUUUUUCUCGUGAUAGCAUUCUACUUUCUCAUAAUACUCCUUCACAGACUAAUCUUUUCUUUGACAAAUCGUGUAAUGAAUCGAUUAUUAUUAAUUCUUCGAGUUCAGCUCCAGUCGUACGUGACGCGACACCCAACUAUUGUACUUUUAAUACAAACUAUGUUUCGGUUAGUGAAGGAAAUGGCUUACAUACUGCAAGUGGUUGUAAAUUUACUAAGCAUAAUGACUCAAGAAAACGCUGUUUAGUAAGUGAUCAAAAUCAACAAUUUGUUCAAGUGCGACCUUCAAAUAUUAUUAUGCCAUCAGGAUCAAUUAAUGGAUUGAAUGUUUUUACAACACCAUUUGUAAAUAUUAAACAAGAUAAAUGCGUGAACUCUGUAGUUGAAAAUGGCAUACCACCAUUGUCAUCUGGAACCCAAAAUUCAAAAAAAUUGAAUUCACAAAAUUCUUAUGAAUAUUCUUCUAUCAUAGAAAAUAUACCUCGUAAAAAACAGAAAUUACCUACUGAUCAAUAUCUACUACUGUCGUCAGUAGAUAAUCUUUCUGAUAAAAAAAUUGAUCAGAAUUUGGUAACAAUGGUUAAACAAUAUAUAUUAAAUUCUAAAACUUCUUUUUCUGAUAAUACUCCUUUCAAAGAUAUAUCUGUUGACAGAAACAUAAAUGAUCGACAAAGUCGACUUAAGAAAGAAAGGUUUGUUUAUUAUUCAGAUGAUAGUAGUUCUGACGAAGAGUGUGAUUCUGUUUUCAAUAAUGUUGAGAAAGAUCUAUUAACUGAUGACAUCAUCGCAAAUGAAGAAGCCAUCAUUGAUAGUAAAGACAAUGCUAUCGAUAAUAAAACGAUCAUGGACAAGAAAGAAACAACCAUGGACAAGAAAGAAAUAACCAUGGACAAGAAAGGAACAACCAUUGAUAAGAAAGAAACAAUCAUUGAGAAGAAAGAAAUAACCAUCGAUAAGAGAGAAACAACCAUUGAUAAGAAGGAAGUUAUCAUUGAUAAAAAAGAAACAAACAUUGAUAAGAAAGAAGUUAUCGUUGAUGAGAAUGACAGAAAUUUACUUACUGCGGAAGAAUUGUUGGAAAUGGAAUACAAAUCAGAGUGGACAAAGUAUCAAAUCACAAAACGUGAAUAUGAAUUUAUGAGUGAACAGUUAUUGUUGCGCGAAAAAAAACUGAAAAAAAUUAAAAGUUUAAUGGGAUUUUGUGACUGCACGAUUGAUUGCAUAAUAUUAGUUAUGGGCAGUAAAAACAAUCUAAACGAUAGUUGUUGUGAUAAAUAUGAUAUAAAAGAAGCUUGCGAUUUCAUAAAUGUUUUAUUUGGUGGAUUAAUUUGA